AUGAACUCCCUGCAGGAUCUGGGCCACGUGCACGGUGACAUUUGCAAGCCCUUCCUCUCAGCCUUGACAUCGAAGGUGAACGAAGCAGCAGACUACUUCGAUGCUGAGCGAGUUCUGGUCAUGGGGUACAGCAUGGGUGGCUUCGGGGCACUCCAGCUGGGUUGCCACGAACCGGAGGCCUACGAUGCUGUGGUCUCGAUCGCUGGCUAUGGCAUGGGUACCUGUGAAUCCACAGAGAGCUCCGGCGCCCCACAGCCCAAGGGACGCCGGGUUUUCGAUUGGUACUUGGAGCGCGAGAUCCCGCAACUCGCCAGCGUGCCCAUCGUGCUGGCGGUUCACUGCCCCAUCGACACUGUCUCUAGCUUCCGUGACGUCAACGCCAUCGUCGAUGCGGUGAGCGAAUCCGCCCACCGCUCGAGCAAGCGCUGCUACGCUCGCAUGGUGGAGAUCCCAGCGGAGCUUGCGAACUCGGACUACCCAAAGAAAAGGAGGGCGACGGCCUCCGGCCACGGCUAUUUCAACGUGUCCUUGCUUAAGGACCGGAGUGAAGAGUUCAUUUGGGAAGAGCUCCGCAACCAGCUGUCCCGCUCCGCGAAGCGCCAGCGGAAGAGCUGGGACACGACAGAAGAGUCCGACAGCUCAGCAGCCAAGUCUGCCUCCACAGAAGAGCAAGUGGCAGAAGGCGCUCGGCAUCCCGAAAUGCCGCAAAGUGACGCCGAGCUUGCAACGGUGGGGAAGCUGCUGCUGAAGCAUGGCGUGUCAGUCCAGAAGGCAGGGCUGAUUGCUGCGCAGCUUACAGGUCAGCCUGUGGAGCGCGCCCACGAGGUUCUGAAGCCUUUGGCCCUAAGAGGCGGCCACUCCCCCAACCGCGCGGAUGCAUCUCCUCACUCAGACCAGGCCGAUGGGGCAGCCAAGCUGACGCUUCAUUUGAUCAACAUUGGGCGCUACUCGACGAAGGAGGAGGUGACCGCCGCGUUGGAUCAGCUGGGCGUCCACGGUGAACUCAGCCUUGCAGAAACCCACCUCGGUGGUCGGAUCGCUUUUCUUCGAUUUGCGGCGCCAGAGGAGGCGAGUCGCGCACGCACUGCCAUCAACCUAGGCGACUUGAGGCUGGGUGGUCAACGCCCGGUCGUAGCCGGCUGGGCCCGACGUGAUCGCUGGCUGAGCUAG